UCUUCGCAGAGCCAACGCCUCUGGUUAAUGGCUUCCGAAUCUUCCACCGCUAAACCCUUAGCAAUCGACUCAUCCCUCUCCUUCGUCACUGCCAUUGAAUCCUUUUCACGGCAAUUGAAUCUCUCUCUUCCUCCUCUGAAGCUCCCAUUCCGGCCGCCUCCAUUACCGGCCGAUUUCCCCCAAUCCAAACUCAUUCCCAAAUCCCGUUUCGUCGUCGACGCAUUUUCUCACGCUGGUGAGUUCUCUGUUUCCUAUUUCCUUUCCCAUUUUCACUCCGAUCACUAUGCCGGUCUCUCCCCUACUUGGUGCAAGGGUAUCAUCUUCUGCUCUGAUGUUACCGCCCGCCUUUUGCUUGAAGUUCUCAAAGUCCCGUUGCCGUUUGUUCAAUCAUUGCCGCUUCGGGAGCCUGUAGUAAUCGAUGGAUGUGAGGUAAUACUUAUUGAUGCUAACCAUUGUCCUGGUGCGGUGCAGUUCUUGUUUAAGAUUCCUAGUGCGGAUGAAAAGUUUGAGAGAUAUGUUCAUACUGGGGAUUUUCGGUUUUGUGACUCUAUGAUAAUCGACCCUGUUUUGAAAACGUUUAUUGGCUCGGAUGCAGUUUUCUUGGACACUACUUAUUGUAAUCCGAAGUUUAUUUUUCCUUCUCAGGAUGAGUCUAUUGAAUAUAUUGUAAACAUGAUACAAAAAAUUGGAGGUGAAAGUAAGGGUUCUAUGGGGAGUGUUCUUUUCCUUAUAGCAACUUAUGUAAUUGGUAAGGAAAAAAUUUUGCUUCAAAUUGCAAGUAGAUGUAAUCGUAAGAUAAUGGUGGAUGCUAGGAAAAUGAAAGUUUUACGGAUUUUGGGGUAUGGUGGUGAGAGUGGGGUGUUUACUGAGCAUGAAAAUGAAAGUGAUGUUCAUGUUGUUGGAUGGAAUGUUUUGGGUGAGUUCUGGCCUUAUUUUAGGCCUAAUUUUGAUAGAAUGAAUGAUAUAAUGGUGGAAAAGGGGUAUUCUAAGGUUGUUGGUUUUGUUCCAACAGGGUGGACUUAUGAGAUGAAACACAAGAACUUCUCAGUAAGGUCUAAGGAUUCGCUUGAGAUACAUUUGGUGCCAUAUAGCGAACAUUCAAACUAUAAUGAAAUUAGGGAAUUUGUUAAGUUUUUGAAGCCUAGAAGAGUUGUUCCCACUGUAGGUUUGGAUGUUGAUAAACUUGAUAGCAAGCAUGCUGAUAAGAUUAGGAAGCAUUUUGGUGGUUUAGUUGAUGAAAUGGCCAACAGAAAAGAAUUCUUAAAAGGGUUUCAUCGUGGAGAAAUGAGUGAUGGUAUUGAUGAAACUGCCACAAUGACUGUAAAUGAGGACUUGGAAGAGAUGGAAACUGUAUCAGAAACAUGUGGUAGUAGUAUGGCGUUGUCUUCUCUGCAAGAAGUUGGUUCUACCGAUCGAUCCGUGUUGAAUGACGAGGAGCAGAAGAAGAUUAUCCAGGAACUUCGUGAGUGCUUGCCUGCAUGGGUGACUCAGGAUCAGAUAUUAGAGCUGAUUAGCAGGUCUGGGAGAAAUGUGGUUGAUGCAGUUUCUAAUUUCUAUGAACAAGAAACUGAAUUUUAUGAACAUAUUGCUACUCUCCCGGACAACCUUCCCAAGUUCCAGGGCAAAGUUGUAGAUAGCCCAUUGCCAUUUACUUUUCCUGCAAGAGAUGAUAUUAAAAAGAAUGUUUUCUUGGGAAAUUUUGACGUUUCUUCAGGCCAAGAUUCGAAGUCGUCCAGUCCAAGGGGCAAGAUGACGAGCAAGAGCAAAGCUUCUCCUGGAAAAAGGAAGAGAAAUCUUCAGGGUAAGCCGAAAAGUAAGUCGAAAAAGAAUUCAAGUCUGCAAUCUGAUGGGUCAAAGCAAUCUACAAUCACAAAGUUCUUCGGGAAAGCUUGAUAUUUGUGAGAAGAAGGUACUAAAAUGGAAUUUACAAGUAAGUUCCUCAAAUGAUAUGAUAAUGCUGAACAUGUGAACCAAGUGCAAGAGAAAGGGGAGGCUGUUGGAAAUAGUUUUCCAUGAAUUAUUGGUAGUGCCUCUCAAAACUCCACUUGAGACUCACUCAAAAGGAUGAGAUCUAUAUUAUUAUGGCAUAGGGUGUUAGUCUCAUGAGGAAAGUGCCGCAGCCAUCACUUAGCCAAUAUGGCCUUGUUUUGCAGCCACCUGUGGCUAGACCCCAAGAUCGAACGACAUAGCCACCAGGAGAGCUUUUUGUUUCAUCAAAAACUUCUCUCAGGAGGGGUUUACUUAACACAAACUGGAUCAAGUCAGGUCUUCAUCCCUUUGAAAAAUAGCUUUUGUUUGAAGAGAGUGGAUCCCAAAUGCAGUAGUUCUAGGAUUAUGGCCCCAUGAGAGAGAUCCAAAUGGGAGGGGUUUCUCAUUUCUGAAGGGCAAUCUAAAACCAUAGAGGAAAUGGUCUGUUUAUACCUUUUAAUUUUGAUUUGUUGAUAGAUAGAAUGAGGGAUCUCAUCUAGUUCAUACCUUACUCUUUUCC